CCUGUUGUUUGAUCGGUACCUAAAAAAUCGUCAAUUUCGCUACGCGAAUGCAAGGAUCCAAUCUCAAAUUAUUCAUACUAUGAGUGUCUUUAUGUGAAAUCUUCGACAGGGCAGCUGGAAAUGCCAUCAAGUACAAAGUUUUUUCUCCUUCGCCUCUAAUUUCUGAACGAUCAACAAUCCUCGAAAAGAAGCAACCUAAAUAUUGCUGAUAAAAGGUUGGUGCUUCCAGUUCAACAUCUCCGAAAUGAAUUCAGAGAUCCUAAAAUUAGAGUCUUCAAUCCUAUCAUUUGGAAACCUGGAGACUACUGGAUGACAUCCCGUUGGAAUCUUCUUCUUUAAAAAUUACUUUAAUCCUCUGAUUUUGAUCCUCUAAUCUGAAUUAACCAAAACCAAUCAAGAUGAGUUGAAGGAAUUAAAAACAUGCCCCGACGAUCUUAUGUUCUGGUGCUAAUGAAUAAUUUGGAAGCUAGUGAGCAAUAAUUAAGUAUGGGAAGUGUGAGUAGGUUUUAGGAUCAAAGGAUGGUGGAACUUUGUGGGGGUGCCGUAAUGGCGAGUGCUUUGGAGAGACCGACCUCUUCUCGAAUUUACUAUGCGAUUCUGGCUAUCUUAGACUCGAUUUUUUCAGCGGGGGUGGCCGCCCCGGCAGUGGUCGGUUACUGGCGAGGUACAUGGCACCUGAGUGAUAUUUACAUUUACCACGGAAAUCCAGUCUAUGGCAGCUUGACUUCGAUAGCUAUUGGCUUCACAGGACUCUUUACGUUCAAUUUGUUGCAAAAUUUCUUGGAUGAUUAUCUUCAUCCUGACAAACAUAGACUGUGUUAUUAUUUUGGGUCCAGGUUGUACACCUAUGUGUUUGGGUUCUGUUGUGUUAAUGCGUGGAGAGGAGCUUGGCAAGCCCUUGAUCUUUUUACAGAGAUGUCCUCGAGCACGGUUUUUGCUACGACCUCCGUGAGUCUUCUGGCCCUUGCGAUUAUGAGGGCAAUUAGAAAUAUUGCAGCACCUCCUUUUUCUCUCAGUUUGGAUUCUUGUGCUGGGUACUUUGAAGUGCCUACAAUGUUUAGAGCCAAUAAUUCGAAAGAUUGGUCCUUGUAUAUAUUGGAUUGUGCCUUCAGUGUCGGAAUCGUUGGGACACUUGUGGUUUUUGUAUGGAGAGGGGUUUGGGUCCUCUUCGACAUUUAUCUUUUCCCAGGGGAAAAAGAGCAGUCUUCAAUAGGCUCUCUUAUAAUUGGGUACGCACUAGUGUCGAUUUCAUUUUUGCUGCAACCUGUAAUGCGUUAUACAUGUGCGAAGCUUUUUGGUCUUCCAAAGCUCAUAUUGGCAGAUGCGUUCAUCCUGUUAAGUUUCUUAGCAACUGUGAAUGUAUGGAGAGGAAUUUGGAAUCUUCUGGACCUAUGGUUAAUUCCUGAAAAUCAUGAAAUGUCAUGCUGGAUCACUCAUAUUGGGUGCUUCAUCUUCCUCAUCCUCCUGAACUGCAGUAAUUCAAUUCUUGUGAGGGGUGUCUAUAUCGACGCUGAAGAAGACAAGGGAAAGUGCGUCGUCUUCCCCUGCCAUUACCUUCGACUUUUAUUCAAGAUCGAGCGUGCAAAGAAGGAAGCAAGAAGACAAAAUUUAAUAGUUGUAACAAAAAACUUUUCUAUCCACACAGAGGCAAAUGAAAAAGAAUGUGCAAAUGGAUCUCUGUUAAACAGCGUCGUGACACCGAUGAUUCUUCAAGGAAAUCAGGAUAUUCCUUAGCAGAAGAAAAAAGUUAAGGAGCGAGAUAACAAAUAAAAAGGCGACAGCAAAGGUACCUGCAAGUUACAAAUGCAAAUUUUUCUCGUGGUCUGAUAUAAUCAACGCGUAUUAUUGUUGAUAUAUUUUGUAAACAGUUCACGUGUUGCUGACAAGACUCAUACUAGUCGUGCCGAAAUAACCACUGCUCAAUACACUUACGAUCGGCAGAGUAUUAAUUACAUUUUACAAUCAGAAAUUAAACCAAAAAUACCAGUGACGUCUUCUCUAAUAUUUUCAUUUUUUAUUUUAUUUUUAUUUUUUCAAAUAUAUUAGAGAACGUAUCCCAGAGUGAAGAAAAAAAAAACGUGAGCUUGGUGAUACUUAAUUCAGUGAUUCGAACUAAAGCGCCAGAGUAGUGAAAAAUAAAUUUAAUAGUGGUAAUUUAGAAAAAAGAGGGGGGAAAGGGUUUUAGUUCAAUUUGAAACAAAAUAUUUUAAUUUUUUUAAUUUUCUUAAAUGAUAUCCAAGAUAUGGAUAAAAUUAAGAACGAUAAUUUCAUAUUGUUCGAAAGUAAUUUUUAUAGAAUAAAUAAAAAGUGCUGGAACAACUAGGACGAAUUUUAAAUUAUAUUAAUUUUUAAGAGGGAUUUCAAAUCAAAGAACUAGUAUUCAAGGUUCAUUUAAUUAUUCAUUAAUUUCGUUGAAUAAAUCAUCGAGAAGUGUAGUUUUCAUAGUGAAAUUUGAUAGUAUUUUUAUUUAAAGAUGUGCAUUUUAACAAAUACAGUUUUUAGGUUUCUUGAGGCCAAAAGAAAGUUGCUCAUAGCAAAUUAUAAACUGAAAUUAGGAAUAAAAAGCUGAAAUAAAAAAUUAAUGAAAAAGGUUUAAAAUAACGAGCUGAUAAAUUAUGUAAAAAAUAAUGUUCAGAUACAUUCAAAAGCAUUAGUAUUAUUUUUAUAACCCGAACGAAGUAUUAAUCUUGCCCACCUUUUUUUAUAUGUUGCCAAAGUUUUUGGCGAAGGUUACACAUAUUCCUAUAUUAAAAAACUGAUUUUUUGCUCGAAUUUGCAUUACAGAAAACAUAUUAAUGUGGUCAACAUGCGACUGCUGGAAUAUAAAUUUUGGAGGACUUAAACUAAAAAAAAAUUAAAAUUUAUCAGGUUCUAAUAUUGAAAAUGUCUAAUUCCGAUGUUUUGAAAUUUAAAAUAUGUAAAUUAGUCCUAUUUACUGAGCACUUACUCUAAACUCAAUGCAUUUAGAAUACCUCUAAAAGAAAAAGAAAAACAUAAACUAUUUAAUAAUUCUUGAAAAAAUUAGUUUCUAGUAAUGAAUUAGAAAUUGAAAUUAGAAAAAAUAGAUUGCUCCGUAUUCAAACGAUUCUACAAGUUUAGAUUGGCUACAUUCCAGAUUUAAAUGCUUCAGAAUUGGAAUUUUUUCAGUUGUACUUGCUUAAAUAAGAAUUUCAUCAUGCAAGGCAUUAGAGAACUUCUAUUUGAGCAUUGGACACUUUUAAACUAAAAACGCAAAAAAUUUGAAGUUACUGAAUUUUAUUUUGACUGAAGCGAAGAAAUAAAAAAUUGAAUAAACAAAAUUUCUUAAACAUGUAAAUUAUACGUUUCUAGUAAAAAAAUUCAAACUGACAUAGAAUUCCGAUCUAAACAAUCCAAAUGAAUCAAGGAAGCAAUCUUUUUCAAUUGACGAAAAUUGGAAAUAUUAAAUAUUUCAACUAAUCGCCUUAGCAUUUACAAAGAAAGACGUUCAAAUUAAAGUUCCUAAGUCUAGAAAAAAAUUUAGACGCUAUCUGAUCAGCCAAAUCUGUAUAAUUAAACAAAAAAUGAUCUAAAAUUGUCCCAUCAAGUGGUAUUUCAUAGUUACUUUGUAACAAGAAGUGAAACAAUGUAAUUUUUAAAUAGGAAGAAAAUUUAUUGAGACAACAAAACGAUCACGAUAUUACGACAAACUCCACUUCAAAUCAUUUUAAUUUAAAAAAGCAUGUGGUCAUUAAUUUUCAAAAUAAAAAAAUGUUUUUGAAAUUGUUUUCAAUAUCUAAAUGAUCCCAGUUUAUUUUUUGAAAAUCCUGUUUUCGAAAACAAAAAUUAAUUAAAAUCGCUUGAAUUGGGUCUCCUAAAUAUUUCUACUAGUAUACUGGUAUACGGUUUUAAAUCACUGCGAAUGGCUGUGAACGAGAAUACGAAUGAAAUUUAGUAAAUUCUGACGAACUUAUUGAUAACUGUUCUUAAAUGUAUUUAUUUGCAUGUGAUAAUGUAAAAAUUGUAAAUAUUUCGUGAAUCGAAAUAAAAGGCGUAUCGAAAUUUCCACUGUUUAUAACAAUGCCUCCAGUAAAAUUAGACGUGUGUCUGGGAGUUUUCGCAAAAAAAUGAAUGACACCAAUAAACUGUAAUCCAAUAUUUAUAUUCCUGUAUAUAUAGCUAUAUAAUUAUGUAUAAUUAAUUAAAUAUAUAGGCAAAUAUUAUAAUGUUAUGUCAAUUUCAAAAAUCAGUUUCAAAUAAUGCGCAAGUGACUUCGGUUUACCCAAUUGCAUUAGUACAAAUAAAUCUGAUGAUGUUAACAAUCUA